UGUCAGCUAUACACUGGAUGUUUUGCAGCUGUGUUGUGAUCGGUGGUCGUUUUUUUCUUAAUUCAUGAUGUUGGUGGGCAUGGAAGACUUUAAGGAGACCCAGCUGGCUCACUACAAGUCUCCAUUCAGCAUCAAUAGUAUUUUACAAGAGACUGCAGACCGGGAUAGUCCUUUGGUGAGAGCUGAAGGGAACGGGCACCUGACCCCAGAUGAGGACUGUGACGGGGGUCUGAAGGGGGAUUCAGGAGAGACCAGUCCAACUUUGAGAAAGGACCAAAAAGAGGACGGGAAAGGAAAUAGCUGCAAAGAAGCUGAAAAAAAGAAAGAAAACACGGAGAAGCCUCCGUUCAGCUACAAUGCCCUUAUCAUGAUGGCUAUUCGACAGAGCCCGGAGAAAAGGCUCACCCUCAAUGGCAUCUACGAGUUCAUUAUGCACCACUUCCCCUACUACAAGGAAAACAAGCAAGGUUGGCAGAAUUCAAUUAGGCAUAACCUCAGUCUCAACAAGUGUUUUGUUAAAGUUCCUCGUCACUAUGACGACCCGGGCAAAGGCAAUUACUGGAUGCUGGACCCUUCCAGUGACGACGUAUUCAUUGGGGGCACCACUGGCAAGCUCAGAAGGAGGUCCAACACUUCCCGUGCCAAGCUAGCUUUCAAACGAGCUACAGGUGGAGCUAAUACCAGGCUGGCGUUUGCAGGGUCACUGUACUGGCCUAUGGCUCCUGCCCUCCUGUCCUUGCAUCAACCACUCCACCACCAUACUACCCCAUCCUUGCAGGGCUACACGGCCUCCUCUUCCUCUUCUGCACCGCCAGCAGCUUAUCUGAAUCCCCCCGCCUCUUACACAUCAGUAUUCUCACAGACUUCUCACCAGCUCAAUCCUGCUGGUGUAGACCGACUUUUAGCUACAGACGGAGCUUAUGGCAACCACCAUCAUCACCACCAUCUUACAGCAGCUGCCUUCGCCUCUUCGAUGCCCUGUGGCUUAUCGCUGCCCUGUAGCUCAUUUAAUCUGCUAACAGCAGGGCAGGCAAGUUACUUUUUUGCACAAGGACCUCAGCACCACUCAGUGACUACAGCACAGACAGCUGCUGCUCUCCAUUCUUUCCAUGGACCUCCAAAGGGCAAUGGCGAUCUCCUUGUUAGACCUUCAUCAACAUCUUUUCGCGCAGGACUUUCUCCAGAUUUCUCCAGCUACUUUGUAUCUCCUAGCCAUGGUUCCUCGUUUAGCCCUGCCCUCCCAUAAAUCAUCUAAGGAUUAUGUCUUGCUUCAAGGAGCCCAUUUUGACAAUUAAAUUAUAUGCUUUGGGGUUUGAUUUUAUUUUAUUUUUUGCCAUGUAAAUUAUUGAGAAAAACUAUUGAGAAAAGUGUUCUCGUCUUAAGGAGGACAUGCUUUGCCUGAAUGGGGUUGUUAUAUUUUCUCCUGGAGCUAUGUGGUACUUUUGCACGCUGGUAAAUACGAGUAAAUUAUAACUCAAAAAGCUCUUUUCAUCGCAACAUUAGCAAACAGUCUUGUUAUUAUUUCGCUUCUUAAUUUAACUGUCUCUCAGUAGUUACCACAGUUCAGUAGGCUAUACCUGGAUGUGUUGUUUCAUAUGGAAUUGUGCUGUUUGUUUCUAAUUUAUCACCUAUUUAUUGCAGAGGUUAGAUAAUGCAGGUUGUCUCUCUGGUCCACAGUAAAUCACAUACGAAUGAUGUGAUACAUGUAUCAGUUUUCUAGUUAGCUUUUGCCCCAUGCAAGCAAGCUAAACUAUUUAUCAGUAUUUUUAGAAACAGUCGUUUUCAAAGAACUCUUAAUAUGAGAAUGCUGAUUAUUAUGCACUUUUUAAACUAAGUAGGAAUACUAUUAGUGAGCUACAUUAAAACUUCGUAAUUCACGCUGCGUUUACACAUGGUUGCAGAUGGUGCUUGUGCGUUUUUGUACUGACUUUAUACAGUAACUGAAUACACACACACACACACACAC